CCCGGCAUCAUCAAUCACCACUUCCACAGAGGCAUCAAGCCCCCCAGCACUGCAACAACCGCAACGAUGGCGACUAAGCUCUAUCGUAGUAGGGCUCUGGCGGGCUUGCGCAACUGCCGCCCCAGCGAAAUCCGAUGCUUCUCGACUUCCAUCCCUCAAUUGGCCGGCCUCCCGACCGGGUUUCCCAAGGAUGCUGAGAACAUGAGGAAGUCUCCUCGCCAGCACAUCGGCACCCUCAAGGUCCCUCUUGUCAACCCGGCUGACAAGUACGAGUCCAAGGCCGACAACAUGCACAAAUAUGGGUCUUGGAUCAUGGGCUGCUUGCCCAAGUACGUCCAGCAGAUCUCGGUCUGGAAGGACGAGCUCACCAUCUACGUCUCUCCCUCGGGAAUCAUCCCCGUCUUCUCAUUCCUCAAGUACAACAGCUCGGCCGAGUUCACUCAGGUGAGCGACAUCACCGCGGUCGAUUACCCGACCAGAGACCAGCGAUUCGAGGUCGUCUACAACCUCCUCAGUGUGCGCCACAACUCCCGCAUCCGCGUCAAGACCUACGCCGACGAGGCCUCGCCCGUUCCCAGCAUCACUCCCCUUUACGACGGAGCCAACUGGUACGAGCGUGAGGUUUAUGACCUGUUUGGCGUCUUCUUCACCGACCACCCGGAUCUGCGCAGAAUCAUGACCGACUACGGUUUCGAGGGCCACCCACUGCGAAAGGAUUUCCCUCUUACCGGCUACACUGAGCUCAGGUACGACGAGGAGAAGAAGCGCAUCGUCACCGAGCCUCUUGAGCUCACCCAGGCGUUCCGCAACUUCGAGGGAGGCACCAGCGCCUGGGAGCAGGUUGGACCUGGCACCGACAGACGCCCCGAUACCUUCAAGCUGCCGACGCCGAAGCCCGAGGAGAAGAAGGAGGAGCCGAAGAAAUAAAUCAGAGGGUUCUGAUGUGUACAUAACUGACUCUAGAAUCUUCUUUGUGUUGUACAACGAUGUCGCGUUGUUGAACUGUCUGCCUGAACCAUCCAGCGGUUGUGCCGCCGAGCUGUAAAAAGUUGUGGUGGUUAUGGCUUUGCAAAGCGUGGCUGCGCAGUAUACGUGUGAGAGUUUAGGCGAAUCGUGGUCUCACUGAUGGAUAACGGCUUGCCACCAUUCGCCAAUCUUAACUAUCCAAGGUAGUCCAAAAGCCAUUGAAGUUUGGUACAGAUCGUGACUGUUGCGGACACUACAAUAAUGUCUCUCCUGGCCGCAGAAUGGUGU